AUGGACGGCAACCCUUUCGGCCGUCAUCAUGGCCACAGCCGGCGGGGUGCAUUUCCCUUCGAUCCACAACCUUUGGAAGUAAACGACGAUUUCUCCGCUCCCUGGCCGCCCGCUCCCGUCAGCGGCAUCGCCGGCGUUUCCCCCGCUGCCGCUUCCGCUGCAGUUUCAAUCUCCCACUUCCUCCCCACUCACUUCAACCCCCCGGAUGCUUCCGCCUUCGGCGCAGCCGCGAAUUCCCCCGCGGACCGUUCCGCUGCUUCCGCGCAGCCCUUCCUGCGCAAUGAGGCGCAGCUUCCCGCGCCUUCCGCGCCUCUUGCGCCUUCCGCGCCGUCUCCCGCAGCUGCGCUUGAGUUCGCGUUGCUAGAAUCGCAGCUGCUGUCCGCACCGCAGCAGCAACAGCAGCAGCAGCAGCAGCAGCAGCAGCAGCAGCAGCAGCGGCAGGACGAGGAGGCGGAGGAGGAGGAAGAGGAGGAGGAAGAAGACGAGGAGGUGGAGGAGGAGGACGAGGCUGAAGAAGAGUAUGAGGAAGAGGAGCAGCAGCACGAGCUGCAGGGGUUUUCCAGCGAGGGUGGUCUUCCCGCCGAGCCUCCUGCAGCUUCGGCAGAAGCAGGUUUGGGACUUGUAGGUUCGGAGGCAGCGGACCUGUCACUUGUGGGCUCGGCAGUAGCAGGUUUGGAACUAGUAGGUUCGGCAGUGGCAGGCUUGGCAUCGGACGGAGCAGACGCAUUCGAUUUGGAUGCGGUUGAGGUGGCUCGGUUGGGGGGAGAUGAAGCCGAGGAGGAGGGUGGAGAGGGAGAAAGGGAAGGAGAUGGGGAAACUGGAGGGGUGGUGGGUGGGAGAGAGAGCAGGAAGAGACGGCUGGAGGACUCAGGCCAGACAGAAGGAGAGGAGGAAGGGGGAGUUGAAGGUGAUGUAGAGGAGGGGGAGGAGGAAGAAGGGAGAGAGGGGAGAUUGAGAAAGUUGAAGAAAGGAGGGGAACACAAGGAGGGAGAAGGGGAUGGAGAGGAAGGAAAGGAAGGCGAUGGAAUGAACAAGGGCAUCGCCCUGCUUUACCCAUCCAUCCCCACGACUCCCUCACCUCUCCUCUGCUCCGAAGCUGAAUUCCAAGAGCUCUUAACCUGCAUCGAGACUUCCACUAACGAGGAUGCCAUCGCCAUGGUGCUCCUGCUGCUGCUGGAAGAGCAGCGCGCCGCCAAAGAAACCUCCUUCUUCCUGAAGCGCCUGCGGGUGAUUCGCUCCGAGUACCUGCUUCGCCACCACUCCCUCGUGCGUUCUAUCGAGCUCAACCUCCACCGGGACAUCGCAGACAACAACGCGAUCCGCCAGCAGGAGAUCCAACGGCUGAGGCGCGUCUGCAUGGCCGGCAUGACAGCUGGCGCCACGCUCUCGCAGCACCAGAUGGUCUACCGGAGGCUGUGGACGCGGCCGCGCUCCCGCGCGUGGUGGGAGGAGUGUAUUGACCCAAAUUACCCCCCGGAAACGUUCCGAAAGACGUUCAGGAUGAGCCGAGAGACCUUCAUGGAGCUCUGUGACAUUCUGGGGCCGCUGAUUGUGAAACGAUCUACCAGAAUCAGGGAAGCGAUUCCUGUGGACAUCAGGAUUGGAGCGUCGCUCUGGCGCCUGGCCACUGCCGAGCCUCUCCAUUUGAUCUCCAGGAGGUUCGGGCUCGGCCAGACCACCGUGCAUUUCGUCUCAAAUGACGUUCUCAAGGCGCUGAACGAAGUUGUUCUGCCCAAGGUGGUUGUCUGGCCUGAGCCGGGCAGCACCCGGGCAAGUGAAAUUUCUUCCCAGUUUCUGGACCUGUGCGGGCUGGACCACGCUUCAUCUGUGGCACAGCAGCUGGGAAACGGGAAGCUGAUUGCAACUCUCUACACAACCCACCUGCCCAUCAACACGCCACGGUCCAACCUUGCAAAGUACCACAACAAGCAGCACACAGAGCGAUUCGCCCGCCCCUCCUACUCUAUAGCCAUGCAAACAGCCAUUGAUGCCAAUGGGCAGUUUUUGGAUCUUUGCAUCGGGCUGCCCGGCGCGCUUUCUGAUGAGGAGGUGUUGCAGCAGUCGACCCUCCACCAGAAAGGACAAGCUGGGGAGCUUCAGGGAGCCAAGGUCAUUGGGUUACGGUCGUACCCGCUUCUGGAUUGGCUGCUGGUUCCGUACCCCCAUUCAGACAGCGCCACGUGGUAUCAGACCACGUUCAACGAGUGCAUAGAGAAGGGCACUGCGGUGGGGAAGGACGCGAUUGGCCGGCUGAAGGGACGGUGGAGGAUCCUGCUUCGGCGGGCUGAGGGGAAGCUGCAUGAGCUGCCGCGGUUGGUGGGGGCGUGCUGUGCGCUGCACAACUUUCUGGAGCAGAAGGGAGAGGCGUUUGACCCUGACUGGGCGUAUGAGGCGUUUGAUGACUACGUGCCCGCCAGGCGAGCCGAUGACGAGUCCCCUGCUGCCGUGGCCGAGAGGGAUGAGUUGGCCCAGGGGAUGUUCCAGGCCGUGCACGGGUGGGAGGGCGACGCUGCCAAUGCGCUGUGA